GUCGACAGUCGAGUCCUACUUCGCAUCUGCCAAGAACAUCGAGGCUUUCGUCGCUAGCCAGGAGGCGCCCGGCGAGAUGCAGAUCCUCGAGAACCUUGCCAGCUUGUGCAAGAGCGACCCUGUCGCGCAGAUGCGCACUUGGGGCAGGGCGGUGACUGACGAGGAGGAGCAGGACUUCUGGGAGGCCGCGAAGGCGGUGAAGUUCGAGUUCAAGACCCACGGGGAUGCUGGCAACCCAGCUGCGGGGCGCUGGCAACGGGCGCUCAAGGGCAGCGAAUCUUUCCAGGAGGACUUCAAGAAGCGCGGUGUCGGGCUCAGGGGCAAGGCGCUCUGGGACAAGCAGAAG